ACAUAAACUUGAAAAGUUGAAUCUCCCCACUAACUUCAAUGACAUUAUUCAUUACUGCACAUUACUGGCUGAGCUCACGUUCAGCUGUCUUUGACGUUUAGAUGUUUAUUGUGUUGUUGUGCUCAACUUUUCACCGGUUUCUACCUAUGUCCUUCCAUAUUUGUGCUUGUUGCACAAUAAUACGUACAAUUGUGUGUACCGCCAGGUAGUAUGAAGUCAGUUUUCAGCUGUUGAUUGAGUAACACUUGAAAACAAAAGCAUGGGAAAUAUGUUUCCCAAAAGCAACAACAAUAUGUCAGCGAUAGAAGAUGACGACGGCACAAACGGGUACUGUUUACGUGGUGUAUAUAUUCCAGAAGAUGUACUGAUAAUACUGCUAAGUCGUGUUGAUCCUAAGCAACUUCUAAAUUGCAAAUUGGUGUGCAAAACAUGGAAUCGAAUAAUCAAGUCCAGAGCACUAUGGCAUGAAGUGUGUCUUCAGAAUAAUGUUACAUGGAAAUGCUUACCCUGGUAUCUCUAUUAUGCUAAAUUUGCCACUGAUUUCUUUGAUACGAAUUUAAUAAAGAAUGGAAAUGGACAAGAGAAAUUUGAUCAUUGGGUAAUCAAUCCUGUUUUUAGUGGUGAUGGUUUUGUGAUUGAGAAUGAACCAAGUGGAAGUUGUCCUUUGCCAGAGGACGUUGAUGAUUUCAGAGGCCAUAAGAGUUGUUUUGCUACUUCAUUUGGCUUAUGUAGCAAGCAACAAGUUCUUAAAUUCAAGAACAGUCCAUUUAAAAGGCACAUUAUAAAUAAAUUCAAACCUACAAUUAUUGUAAGCGAAUGGUUUGCGCCGCGAUUUGAUUGUUCAGCUAGAUUUAAGCUAGUAAUUCGUGUAGUAUCAUCACACAAAAACUUUAACUGUUUUAUAAAAGAAAAUAUGUUUGAACAAUGGACAGAAGGAAUAUGGGAAAAGUUUACACUUGAAAUCAAUGAUUAUGAUGAUGAUAUUGAUUACAUUGUGUAUCAACAUGAUGGACAAGAUGGAUUAUUCUGGAAAGGACACUAUGGAGUGAAAAUGGCUGGAGCUUCCUUGAAAUUCUCAUUUGAUAGUAUAGCUGAGCAGGAUAUCUCAGAAGAGAUGGAGUAAUGUAUAAUAUGGUAUAUAUUUUUGUACAAUCAAAAUAGUUUAAUUGGAAACUCAAAUUAAGCCAACUAAUAUAUUUUAAUAUAUUUUUAACAACCAUUAUUAUAUUUCAAAGUUUAUUUUUGUUGAUUGCACUAAUUUUUAAAAAUUGCUGUGAGUUAAAUUUUCAUAUAUAUUAUACUAAGUUACCUGGAAUACUUUACUUUGUAUAUACUAAAAAUAUAUAUUGCAAUUACUAA